AUGGAUAUUUUAAUUCCAUAUCUUAAUCGUGAUGGUUUAUUACAAUAUAUCUCAACAUCUAUGUCAAAUAUAUUAAAUUAUCAAAAUGAUUUAACUAGACAAGAAAAAGAAAUUGACGAACUUAGUCGACUUUUAGAUGCUCUUCCAGUAGAUUUACAACUAAAUUCAAUUCCAAUUGCUUGUCAAUUAUUUGAUUAUUUUCUACAAAAUUCAUCAUCAAUUGUUCAUUAUCGUUUAUUAUCUUCAUGUUUAAAUUUAAUGAAAAUAGAAGAUCGUCUUCAACGUAUAAACAAUAUUCUUCUAACAAUACUUGAUAAUGAACAAACAGUUCAAUUACGUGAAAUUCUAUGCAAAUUACUCAAUACUAUUGAAAUAUCUUCAUCGAUUUUAUUAAAUUUUAAUUGGACACAAUUAGAAUCUGCAAUGAAUUAUCAACAUGAUUCAAAAUUUCUUCCCUAUAUAUGGCGUUUUCUUUCUAAACAUCAUCAAAAUGAUCUCGAACAAAUGCUUAUUCGUUCUUUAUCAACUAUAGAAAACAAUGAUGAAUUAUUUCUUUUAUUAUUAAUUGAAUUACGAUCAACAAAUAUCUUUGUAUCCAUACCAUCAUUUUGGUAUUUAAUACAACGUUCAUUAGGUGAUAAUAUAACAAAUAAUGAUCGUAAACGUAAAUGUGCUUUAUAUUUAUUUAAACAAAUAUUAACCAAUGAUGACUAUAAACAUGUUGAAAUAAAAGAAGAAAAAUCUAAUCGUUUAUUAAUUUUAAUUGAUGAUAAAACAAAACAAUUUUGGAUAGAUUUUAUUGUUCUUUACGAAGCAUUAGAUGAUGGUAUUGUUCAUUUGAUUAAACCACUUUUGACGAAAUUUGAUCGAAUUCAUAAAUCAUCUCUUGAAUACGAAUUAUCUUUGACAUGGUUAUUUAUUUUAUUACAACGUUUAUUCGCGAAUACAAGUGCUCCACUUGGACGUUGGUGUGUUCGAUGGUUUUUGAACUCAAUGAUAUUACCUGAUAGUCAAGUAGAGAAUUUUUUUCUCGAAACAGUUCUUGAUUGGACAUCAAAUAAUUUUAUUUUUCUCAAAGGUGAUGAAAUUAAUGAUUGUCAACCUAUGGAAAAGUAUUUAGAAUCUUAUCUCGAACGAUGGUUUUGUACUCUUGAAAAUUCAAAUUUAUCUUUAUUAACAUUAUUAUCACGUAUACAAACAGUUAAAUGGUCUCAAACAUCACAUGUACGUGUAUUAUAUUCAUUUCGUACAUUUGCUAUCAAUCAUCAUAAUCAAUCUUUAUUAAAUGAUGAACAUAUUAAAAUAUUUUCAUCAUUAAUAGUAACACAAUGUCAUACAUAUGCACCUGUUUUACGUCUAUCUGCAUAUUCAUCAAUACUCGAUAUUGUUACAAAUCUUUUUGAUUGGUCAUUAUGUACAACAUCAUUAAAUUUUCUACGAUUUUUAGCUUUUUUUGAUCGAUCAACAUUUUUAACAAAACAUUUCUCAAUUCUAUCAAAUCAUUUUUCAUUUAAUAUUCGACAGUUACAAAAUUUAAUUGAAGAAUUUCUUUCAUCAGAUUCAACAAAUACAUUUUCUGAUACACGAUUAUUUGCAUUUGAUAAUGAUCUAUUACAAACUCGUCAAAUUGUAUUCCUCCUUGAUCUCAUCGAUAUUCAUAAUACAGAUAUAUUAAAAAUGAUAUUUCAUCCAUUUAUUGAAAAUAUUCGAACAGCUUAUCAACGCCCAUAUAUGUCGAUAAAUAAUGUUCGAAGAUCAAUUGAACUUUUCAUGGGUUUAUUACAGGAAACUUAUUUUCAUUCGCCAAAUUUUAUUAAAGAUUGGAUUUCAUCAAAUAUUCGAUCAGUUGUACGAGAAGGUUUAAAUUUUAUUAAAAUAAAUUCUCUUAAACAACCAAUGAUGUUUAUGAAAUUACCAACUGUAUUUUUUAUGGUUGGAAAUCAUGGAGAUAUCAGUCGGUUUUUACAAGAAUUAAUUAGUCAAAUAGAAACAAUAGUACAACAACAGUCAGGAAAUAGUUGGCAACCUCUUUUAAUUCUAUUUGCUCAUUCUAUUGAUUGGUUAUUAACAAAUCGAUUAUCUGAUUUUAAUACUGAAUGGAAUACAACAUAUCGUAAUCUUCCAUUAUUUUCCAAACUUCUCCCAUUACUUGAUCAACAGAACAGCAAUAUAUCUCAUGCGGAUGUCUUAAUUGCUAAAUAUUUAUUAAUUGCUAAUAAUAUACCAUCAAUUGAGUUAUCGAAUAAUAUUAUUGAUGAUCUAUUCAAAGCAUCACCAAAAGAACUUCCACAUAUUUUUCGUGCUAUUGGUGUUGUACUUCGACAGGUUCAAACAACUAAUGAAGAUAGAUAUAAAUUAAUUGAAAGCUCAAUUAAUGUAUUUAAUGAAAUUGAUCAUCGAACGCCUGUUUAUUGGCCUUGCUUAACAAUGUUUUGUCAAGCUAUUUCAUCUUCUAUUACAGAUAUAACAGUAUCGAAUAUUUUAAGUGAAUGGUUUACACAUAUGUUUGAAAGAUCUAAACAUGUAUCAGGAAUUAUGAAUGUACUACUUGAAUCAAUAGUACCAAUAUGGUUACAUGAACGUCGAAUUCAAUCCAGUCAUUUAUUAAUUGUAGUUGAAUGUGUGAUUUUUGGACAAACUUAUCAAAAAGAUAAAAAACAACAAUGGCAAGCUGAACAACUUGUUGAACAGGAUGAAUCAGUUCGCUUAUUGAUUGCUCAAACUCAUAUAACACCUGAAUAUCGUUAUGAUCGAAACGUUCGUAUAUUAAUGCAAUUAUUUCUUCUUCAUAUGUGGCCGUUAUUACAUAAUGUUCAACAAAAUGAAAUUAUUAUGCAAAUUAUUGAAAAACAUCGUCUUUUAGCAUCAAAAGAACGUCGGCCACGAUUUUGUACGAAUUCUCUUGAACAUCGUAUUAUGUUUCGUGCACUUCAAUGUCUUCUUUGUUUAACAUCUAUUAUUCAAGAUUCGAGUCUUUUACAAAUAAUCUAUGAUUAUGUCGUGGAAACAUUAAUCCGAGAAAAUGAACCAUCACUUCGUUUACUUUCCGAAUGGAUUCUUGUUCGUUUAAUAUCACAAGAUCGAACAACACGUUUAAAUGAUUUAUAUGGAUAUUUACAAGAUGCUCAUCGAUACAGAACAGGAGCUGUUUGUGCCUGGAUUUCGAUAUCAUCACAUAUGACAAAUCUUUUAACAGAUCGAAUGGAUCAAAUUGAAUAUAUCAAUAAAAUCUUUGGAUAUAUUAGUCCAUUAUUAAUACAUUCAAAUUUUCAUAUUCGAACAUUUGCUUGUUCAACAAUGGUAAAAUUACUUGAAUUUAUUGAAUCUCAUAAUCUAGAAAAUGAAACACCGUAUGAAGCAUAUCGAUGUUUUAAACAAAAUGAUGAAAAAUCAGAACUUGCAAGAUAUAUAACAAAAUUACAAAGUUUAUUUCUUUAUCAAUUUGAUUCAAUACGAGAUUUUUCACUUGAAACUAUUUUUUAUACAUUACCGAAAUUAUCUUUAUUAGCUGAAGAUGAAUAUUUAUGGCCUGAAUGGUUUAUUGAAACAAGUCAAAAAUUACAUAUGACAUUUUCAAUAUCGGUUCAUAAUAUUUCAACUAUUUUACAAUCAUGUCAAGCUGGUAUAUGGAGAUUAACUGCUGCUGGAAAAAGUGAUAUAGGACCAAAUCAAGACGAAGAAAGUUCAUCAACAAUUCAACAUAAAGCAAAUCCAUAUCCAGUUGUUGAGUCACUUGAUGAUACGGAAUUAAGAGGAAGUAUUAAAAGAACACAAUUAAUUGUUGUUGCUUCACUUAUUGAUAAACAAACAAAUUUAGGUGGUUUAUGUCGAACCGGUGAAGUAUUUGGUGUAAAAGAAAUGGUCAUAGGAAGUAUUCGUAUAUUGGAAGAUCAACAAUUUCUUAAUUUAAGUAUGACUGCUCAUAAAUGGUUACGUAUAAAACAAGUACAAGAAAGAGAAUUAAAAGAUUAUUUAAUUGAUAUGCAAGCUCAGGGAUAUACAAUUGUUGCUGUUGAACAAACAGUAAAUAGUCAAAGUUUAUAUGAAUAUCAAUUUCCGGAGAAAACAUUACUUUUACUUGGAAAUGAACGUGAAGGAAUUCGAGCUGAUCUUUUAUCUUUAGUUGAUGUUACAGUUGAGAUUCCACAAGCCGGUGUUAUUCGUUCUUUAAACGUCCAUGUUAGUGGUGCGCUUUGCGUAUCUGAAUAUGCACGAAAGUAUCUUAAUUUUAUGAAAUGA